GUGGCACCUUCAGGGAAGUCGGCGAUAGUGUCACGAAGGCAAAGAUGGAGUUCAUGGUGCAGGAGGAGUGCUCGGAAAAAUGGUGGCAGUGGCAGUGGGGAACCUCCAGGCCUCUAGGUACUCUCCAUCCAGCAGCAUGCCACGACGCGGCACUAGGUGGUGGGGGUCGAGCUCACCCGGGUCGAGACCAUACGACUACAGUAAUUAUACGAUAACUUCGCAGCAUCCAGCCACCCAAGAUCUCGAUCCCGAUCUUCACGCUGCUGCUGGGCAUGACCUGGAGGAGAUCAUCAUCAAAGAGGAGGAAAUGAAUAGACGACAACAUCUCUGAACUUGUAUAUUAUGAACUAGCAAGUUCAUCCAUCCACACCUCCUCUGUUUGCUAGGCUUCUACAUACACAAUUUUCUUCUUUCGUCAUAGUUUAAUAUAAGAAUGGAAUCGACUAAUAAACACACCAACAUGCGUAGUAAUGGGUUCAGUGCCA